AUGGGUUUCGCUGAGAAGUCCAACCAAGCCAUUGCGCGCUCCUUCGUGGGCAAGUACUUCCGUCUUGACGGCUCUGGUCACCCCAAAGAACGCAAGGAUGCACGCUUCUGGACCGAGUUCCGCGCGGGCCUCGCGACUUUCUUCGCCAUGGCCUACAUUAUCUCUGUCAACUCUACCAUCUUGGCUGACUCCGGCGGUACCUGCGUCUGCCCACCCGAGAGCAUGUCUAACGUCUGCAAUACCAACGACGAGUACCUCCUCUGCAAAGCAAUCGUCAAGCGUGAUCUUGUCACUGCCACUGCUGCCAUCUCCGCCUUGACUUCCUUCUGCAUGGGUCUCUUCGCCAACAUGCCCAUUGCCCUUGCUCCAGGAAUGGGUCUGAACGCCUACUUUACCUUCACGGUUGUUGGUUUCCACGGUUCCGGCAUGGUUCCAUACCAGGUUGCAUUGACUGCUGUCUUUGUCGAAGGCUUCGUCUUCGUGGGCCUCACCAUCCUCGGUAUCCGUCAAUGGCUUGCAAGAGCUAUCCCGGCUAGUAUCAAGCUCGCAACAGGUGUCGGAAUCGGACUUUAUCUCACAAUCAUCGGCCUUACGUACUCCGCCGGUAUUGGUCUCAUCACUGGUGCCGUAUCAACUCCCCUCGAACUUGCAGGAUGUGAGGAUCAGUUCAAGGACGAUACCGGUGUUUGUCCGGGAGGCCACAAGAUGCGCAACCCAACUCUGUGGAUUGGUAUCUUCUGUGGUGGUGUCCUGACCGUCAUGCUCAUGAUGUACCGUGUCAAGGGCGCGAUCAUCUUCGGUAUCUUGCUUGUUUCGAUCAUCUCCUGGCCCCGCCAUACUGAAGUGACGUACUUCCCCUAUACCAAUCUCGGCAACGACUCGUUCGACUUUUUCAAGAAGGUCGUUACCUUCCACCCAAUACAGAAGGUCCUUGUCGUCCAGGAAUGGAAUGUCUCGCAGUACGCCGGCCAGUUCGGUCUCGCUUUCAUCACCUUCCUCUACGUCGAUAUCCUCGACUGCACAGGUACCAUGUACUCCAUGGCCCGCUACUGUGGAGCUAUCGAUGAACGCACUCAGGAUUUCGAGAACUCUUCGAUUGCCUACACCAUCGACGCUAUGGGUGUAACCAUCGGUUCCCUUUUCGGGUGCUCUCCAGUCACGGCCUACAUCGAGUCUGGUGCUGGUAUCUCUGAGGGCGGCAAGACUGGCCUCACUGCGAUGUUCACUGGUCUCUCGUUCUUCAUCGCGAUCUUCUUCGCACCGAUCUUUGCCUCGAUCCCUCCCUGGGCCACCGGAUGUACGCUCGUCAUCGUCGGUUCCCUCAUGGCCCAGUCGGCCAAGGACAUCAACUGGAAGUACAUGGGCGACGCGAUCCCCGCGUUCCUCACCAUCGCCAUCAUGCCCUUUACCUACUCGAUUGCCUACGGUCUCAUCGCGGGUAUCUGCUCGUACAUCCUCAUCAACAUGCUCGUGUUCAUCAUCGAGAAGUCGUCCGGUGGCCGUGUGGUUCCCCCCAACAAGGAUGAGAAGGAGCCAUGGACAUGGCGCAUACCCGGUGGCUUCCUGCCUCCGUGGGUGCGGCGCAUCGCGUCCGGCAAGAAGGACUUCUGGAAGCGGGACCCUGAGUCUGAGGGUAUUGCUGCUGGCCAGGCCAGCGAGAACAGCUCGACGCACAACUCGGCUGAGAAGCACUAUAUUCAGGAUAAGCAGGCGGAUGGCGAGAAGGUCAUGUAA